ACACAGCGUCUUUUUUGAGAGAAGAGGUCAAGGGAGGCUAAGUGACUCUCGAAAGUAGUCGCUUACCAACCAAUGGAACUCUAUGGAUUUGGCACUUCAAUUUAAGGGGCUUGCGAAAUUUGAACAUUUUCAAUACACCUUCCUGAUGAAUUUCCUAAGAGAAAUAGAGACCUUAUUACCUAAGAUUGAUGCCUACUUGCCUAGAGGACUUCUUACUUCCAUCCCAAGGCGUCGAGUGACAGGGCUUGCUUUAGAGAAGCCCUUCCUCCCUUGCUUUCUGGAACUUGAUGGGCGGACUUACCAAGGAAUUAUGCAUAGCGGCUUACCUGUUAAUGAAGGACGUGUACAGGCUUUUUUUGUUAAAAGACCUCAUGGGCUCCUACCAGUACCCGUUUCCCUCACUAGGGGAUGGAAUGGUUUCCCACUUGGAAAGCCUUACCGAGUUAUCCGACUCUACAACGGAUGUGGUCAUCUUAUGGCCGCGCUAAAUAGAAUCGGCUUUAUAUGGUAUAUCUGUCUUGAAAGAGAGGCUAGUCAGAGGUGUCGAUCUCUGGUUGAGAGAGAUUGGAUGCUCCAUGGUAAGGUAGCACUCGCUAGCCACCUGAGCUGGGAUCUAACUUGCCUAGCUAUAAUGCCUGAGCUUAGUAAGCGGCCCUUCUCAAUGUCUUCCACUCGCCAAGUGGAUCAAGGAGGCAAAGGGAAUCCGUUGAUUGAAUCCAUUCCUGAUGAUGCGCCGCUAACAAGGCCUACCUAUUCUCCCAAUGCAACCCGGCUUUUUAGGGGCAUGCCAUUCAAUCCUAUCUCAAUAUAUGCUCCUCCAAGGCAAGAGGGUGGAUUGAAUCCAAUCCCAUCCAGUAUAGGCGGGUUGAGUUCACUCAUCCGGUAGCGAGGGGAAGAUGAACAAUGAAGCUAUAGCAGCUCACCUUUCCGCUAUCUGCCUUUAAGAAUUCCCAGUUUCCUUUACAAGCUAAGCUUGUUGCAUUUCCGAGUGGAAUAACUACUCUCCUUUCAGUGUUGUGUUCUAAAGAAAGACUCAUAUCCUUU